GAGUCACUUCUAGGAAACAGAAACUCACUCAGUCGUCGACACUGAGAGGAGAAAUGGAGCAGAAAGGAGUUCAUCUGGACAGAGAAACCUUCUCUUGUUCCAUCUGUCUGGAUCUACUGAAGGAUCCUGUGACUACUACCUGUGGACACAGCUAUUGCAUGAACUGUAUUAAAAGCCACUGGGAUGGAGAAGACCAGAAGGGAAUCUACAGCUGCCCUCAGUGCAGGAAGACUUUCAUACCGAGGCCUGUCCUGGAGAAAAACACCAUGUUAGCAGAGUUAGUGGAGCAGCUGAAGAAGACUGGACUCCAAGCUGCUCCAGCUGAUCACUGCUAUGCUGGACCUGAAGAUGUGGCCUGUGAUGUCUGCACUGGGAGGAAGCUGAAAGCCUUCAAGUCCUGUCUGGUCUGUUUGGCCUCUUACUGUGAGAAACACCUCCAACCUCACUAUGAUGCAGCUCCAUUAAAGAAACACAAGCUGGUGGAGCCCUCCAAGAAGCUCCAGGAGAACAUCUGCUCUCGUCAUGAUAAGGUGAUGGAGAUUUUCUGUCGUACUGAUCAGCAGAGUAUCUGUUAUCUCUGCACAAUGGAUGAACAUAAAGGCCAUGAAAUAGUCCCAGCUGCAGCAGAAAGGACUGAGAAGCAGAAGGAGCAGAAGGAGGUGGAGGUGAUGCUACAAAACAUCCAGGAGGGAAUCCAGGAGAGAAAGAAAGAUGUGGAGCUGCUUAGACAGGAGCUGAAGGCCAUCAAAGACUCUGCUGAUAAAACAGUGGAGGACAGUAAGGAGAUCUUCACUGAGAUGAUCCUUCUCCUCCAGAAAAGAAGCUCUGAUGUGGAGCAGCUGGUCAGAUCCCAGCAGGAAACUGAAGAGACUCAAGUCAAAGGUGUUGAGAAGAAGUUGGAGCAGCAGAUCACUGAGCUGGAGAGGAAAGGCUCCGAGCUGAAGCAGCUCUUAAACACAGAGGACCACAACCAGUUUCUACACAACUACCCCUCACUGCCACCACCCAGUCAGUCUACACACUCAUCCAGCAUCAGCCAUCCACUGAACUUUGAGGACAUGAAAGUAGCUGUGACAGAGACCAGAGAGAAACUACAGGACAUUCUGAUUUGUACUUAUUUCCACAACGUGGACAGUACAUGUCUGCUUUCAAAGCACGAAUCAACACUGAGGGAUGAAAUGGAGCAGCAGACUGAGCAGAAUUUGGGGAACAUCUCUUGUUCCAUCUGUUUGGAUCUACUGAAGGAACCUGUGACUACUUCCUGUGGACACAACUACUGCAUUAACUGUAUUAAAAGCCACUGGGAUGGAGAAGACCAGAAGGGAAUCUACAGCUGCCCUCAGUGCAGGAAGACUUUCAUACCGAGGCCUGUCCUGGAGAAAAACACCAUGUUAGCAGAGUUAGUGGAGCAGCUGAAGAAGACUGGACUCCAAGCUGCUCCAGCUGAUCACUGCUAUGCUGGACCUGAAGAUGUGGCCUGUGAUGUCUGCACUGGGAGGAAGCUGAAAGCCUUCAAGUCCUGUCUGGUCUGUCUGGCCUCUUACUGUGAGAAACACCUCCAACCUCACUAUGAUGCAGCUCCAUUAAAGAAACACAAGUUGGUGGAGCCCUCCAAGAAGCUCCAGGAGAACAUCUGCUCUCGUCAUGAUAAGAUGAUGGAGAUUUUCUGUCGUACUGAUCAGCAAAGUAUCUGUUAUCUCUGCACAAUGGAUGAACAUAAAGGCCAUGAAACAGUCCCAGUUGCAGCAGAAAGGGCGGAGAAGCAGAAGGAGGUGGAGGUGAUUCUACAAAACAUCCAGCAGGGAAUCCAGGAGAGAAAGAAAGAUGUGGAGCUGCUUAGACAGGAGCUGAAGGCCAUCAAAGACUCUGCUGAUAAAACAGUGGAGGACAGUAAGGAGAUCUUCACUGAGAUGAUCCGUCUCCUCCAGAAAAGAAGCUCUGAUGUGGAGCAGCUGGUCAGAUCCCAGCAGGAAACUGAAGAGAGUCGAGUCAAAGAUGUUGAGGAGAAGCUGGAGCAGCAGAUCACUGAGCUGGAGAGGAAAGGCUCCGAGCUGAAGCAUCUCUUAAACACAGAGGAUCACAACCAGUUUCUACACAACUACCCCUCACUGCCACCACCCAGUGAGUCUACACACUCAUCCAGCAUCAUCCAUCCACUGAACUUUGAGGUCGUGAAAGAAGCUGUGACAGAGACCAGAGAGAAACUACAGGACAUUCUGAGAGAGACAUGGACAAACACCUCAGUGACAGUGACUGAAGUGGAUGUUUUACUGUCACAACCAGAGCCAAAGACCAGAGAUGAAUUCUUGAAAUUUUCACGCAAAAUCUCUUUGGAUCCAAACACAGUACACACAGAGCUGUUAUUAUCUGAGGGAAACAGAAAAGUAACAGUAAUGACAAAACCUCAGUCUUAUUCUGAUCAUCCAGACAGAUUCACUGCUUAUUGGCAGGUCCUGAGUAGAGAGAGUCUCACUGGACGUUGUUAUUGGGAGGUAGAGUGGAGAGGAGAAGGAGUCGGUGUAGCAGUCGCAUACAAGAAUAUCAGCAGAACAGGGAAUGAAAGUUCAUUUGGAUACAAUGACAAAUCUUGGUCACUACGUUGUUACACAAAUAGUUAUAGAUUUUGGUACAGCAAAGUUUCAAGUGUUGUCUCAGGUCCUGUUUCCUCCAGAGUAGGAGUGUACCUGGAUCACAGAGCAGGUCUUCUGUCUUUCUACAGCGUCUCUGAAACCAUGACUCUCCUCCACAGAGUCCAGACCACAUUCACUCAGCCACUCUAUGCUGGACUUGGUCCACUUGAUUCUAAAGUCACUGCUGAGUUCAUUAAAGUCAAAUAGACAGAAGUCUCUUCAGGGACAGUUGGUUAAAAUGUGUCUUCUAGUCUCCAUGUGGUUUGGUCUCCAUGGUUGUAGCUGAGAGCUCAUUGUUGUGUCAUGUCUUCACUGCUCAGAGAUCAGCUGUAAAUCACCCUUUGUGGGCGGUACUUUGUCGUCUCCUGGUUUGUUGUUUGCCUGAUGUUGGACUUUGAUUUUACUCCUA